UGACCAGCAGGUACCGCCCACUCGAAUCCAUGCCCCUCAUCUAUCCCUUGUCCUUCUUCCUCACUUCCAUUCAAUUCCUUACCAUUUUCUCUACCCUGUACAACUCAUCACCCACCAAACCGACUCCCCCUUUUUAAAGUAUGUAACUGUCACUUCUUCUUCUUCUUCUUCACCAGUGAAGGAGCGGAGGGAGAGUCAGUACCCCCGAUUCUCUAUUCGCAGAGUUCUCACAUUGUCAACGGGAGAUUCAUAUUCUGCCCUCUCAUUUCUGCUCGAAUUCUCCUUCAAAAUUGGUACUUUCGGGCACCCAUCUAUCCAAUUCCAAUGAAUUUCUCGUCCCCAGUGGCCACAGACCCAGAUCAGUCCAUCUCCGAUCGAACAAUUAAGCAUCUUUGACUUUCAGUUUCCGAUGAGUGCUUCUACUGAUCAGCUUUAUGCUUUUAGUUUCUGAUACUCUUUGUUGUCUGUAUAGAGCUCAUGAGUCUCUGAGUUAAAGUUUGGUGCUGAAUUUACUUCUGCACUGUUCUUACUUCAGCGUUGGCAUCAUCUGCAGAACCCAGUCGAUAUGAAUUUGAUCAUACCCACCGUACAGUCCUGUUGAUCCUGAUUGAAUUUCUUCAGCUGUUUAGACAUUUAUUAUUGCUCUGCAGCGGAGUCGAUUACUGAAUUUCCAUUUCUUGGUUUUAGAUAUCUUUCUUGCCUAAUGCUUGUUCAUGUGAUCGUCAGCUCAUCUGCACCCUGUUGCUGCAUAGUCAGUCCACGUUUGGUCAUUCCACUUCAGUGUUAUUCUUGUUCGUCCUAUCAAGUUAAAGUCCAUUCUUUUUGGUGUCAUCCUGAGAGAUCUUGAGCUCGUAAAGUGUAAUUCUUCACUGAUCCCAGCCUAAUCAAAUUGGCCACUGUGAACCAUUGGAUCCAUGGGGUCAAUGUGCAGCAUCUGUCUCUGAUUAGACUGGGUCCAGGUAGGCUUGCCUGCUUCAGAAAGUGAAUAACUGGUGUAAAUAACGAAUUACCAUGUCGAUGAUAUGUGGGGUCCCUCUCCUCGAGUGUGUCUACUGCCUGGCCUGUGCUCGGUGGGCCUGGAAGCGGUGCCUCCACAGUGCAGGCCAUGACAGUGAGACCUGGGGCUUUGCCACUGCCGAAGAGUUUGAGCCAGUCCCCCGCCUGUGCCGGUACAUCCUUGCCGUCUACGAGGAAGACCUGCGGUGCCCUCUGUGGGAACCUCCUGGGGGAUACGGGAUCAACCCUGACUGCCUAAUCCUUCGCAGAAGCUAUGAGGAUGCCCAGGGCCGGGCCCCGCCUUACAUGCUUUACAUUGAUCACAAACACACUGAUAUUGUGCUUGCCUUUAGGGGACUUAAUAUGGCGAAGGAGAGCGAUUACGCAGUUAUGUUGGACAAUAAGCUCGGGAAGAGGAAAUUUGAUGGUGGGUAUGUCCACAAUGGGCUGUUGAAGGCUGCCGUGUGGGUUUUAGACAUGGAGACGGAAGUCUUAAAGCAGUUGCUGGAGAAGUACCCCAAUUAUACUUUGACUUUCGCGGGACAUUCCUUAGGGUCAGGUGUGGCGGCUUUGUUAACCAUGGUCGUGGUGAGGAAUCUAGAUAAGCUGGGGAAUAUCGAGAGGAAGCGGGUAAGAGGAUAUGCUAUUGCUCCUGCCCGGUGUAUGUCCUUGAACCUGGCAGUCCGGUAUGCUGAUGUCAUCAAUUCGGUCGUGCUCCAGGAUGACUUCUUACCGCGGACAGCUACACCUUUGGAAGAUAUUUUCAAGUCUCUUUUCUGUUUGCCUUGCCUAUUAUGCGCCAGGUGCAUGAGGGAUACGUGUAUAUCCGAGGAGAAGAUGCUCAAGGACCCAAGAAGACUGUACGCUCCAGGUCGCCUCUAUCACAUUGUUGAGAGGAAACCUUUCAGGUUGGGUAGAUUUCCUCCAGUUGUAAGGACAGCAGUGCCGGUGGAUGGGAGGUUCGAGCACAUAGUUAUUUCCUGUAAUGCGACUUCUGAUCAUGCCAUCAUUUGGAUAGAGAGAGAAGCUCAGAGGGCUAUAGAUUUGAUGCUCGAGAAAGAUCAUAUCAUGGAGGUUCCCCCAAAGCAGAGAAUGGAGAGGCAGGAGACAAUUGAGAAGGAACACACUGAGGAGUACCAGGCCGCCCUCAAGAGGGCCGUCACCCUAGCAGUCCCACAUGCAUUCUCACCCUCUCAGUAUGGCACUUUCAACGAGCAACAAGACAAGGAAGAAGAAGGCCAGGAGUCAGGGAGGUCUAGUAAAGGAGACGCAUCUUUUUCUGUUGGUUCGUCCCAUAAGAAUAGCAAGAACGAGAGCUGGGAUGAGCUCAUUGAGCGCCUCUUUGAUCGGGAUGAGUCAGGCCACAUGACCCUGAAGAAAUCUCAUCGUGGCGAUUGAUAUGAAUUGAAUCCUGUCAGCAAAGAUUCUUCUAUGAGCAUGAGUUUUGGUUGAUAUAGCUUCAUUGAUUCUUUUGUACUUGUUUCCUUAUGGGCGGUUAAAUGAUUCGAUUGGUUUGCUUUCAGGAUAGAAGAGAGUGAUCUUAUGAGUUAUAUGGCAUGUCAUCAUGUUUGCAGCUUAAUCAACAUUACCAACCUCUAUUCUGCAAAUAAAUUAAUGACGAGAACAUUAUUCGAUUA